UCACAGGGGUAAAUAAUUGAAGGGCAGGUCACACGAACCUGCCCGCGUCACAGGAUGCCUUCCCCCCGGGUCUGGUUACGCCCCAGAUCACAUUCUGACAUCCCUGGCUGGUGAAUAAUUAAGCUGCCACCUCCCCGGCCACCGCCGGCAGGCCCUCACCUCCGUGCUACCCUGCAGGAUUCUUCACUCCCUUAGAGCAGUGGGCACUGGAGGGGACUGACCCUCGGCGCUCCCGACCCUGCCAGCACCCCCAGCCUCCUGCUCAGCACCUGGGUCGAAGCCCACUCCAUGGCCCCCGAGAUGGACCAGUUCUACAGGUCCACCAUGGCCAUCUACAAGAGUAUCAUGGAGCAAUUUAACCCUGCCCUGGAGAACCUGGUGUACCUCGGGAACAACUACCUCCGGGCCUUCCACGCUCUGUCCGAGGCGGCUGAGGUAUACUUCAACGCCAUCCAGAAGAUCGGGGAGCAGGCCUUGCAGAGCUCCACCUCGCAGAUUCUGGGGGAGAUCCUGGUGCAGAUGUCAGAUACCCAGCGGCACUUGAACUCCGACCUGGAGGUGGUGGUGCAGACGUUCCACGGAGAUCUGCUGCAACACAUGGAAAAGAACACGAAGCUGGACGUGCAGUUCAUCAAAGACAGCCGCCAGCACUAUGAGAUCGAAUACCGCCACCGAGCCGCCAACCUGGAGAAGUACAUGUCUGAGCUGUGGCGCAUGGAGCGCAAGAGGGACAAGAAUGCGCGGGAGAUGAAGGAGAGCGUGAACCGGCUGCACGCACAGAUGCAGGCCUUCAUGUCCGAGAGCCAGCGGGCAGCUGAGCUGGAAGAGAAGCGGCGUUAUCGUUUCCUGGCCGAGAAGCACCUGCUGCUUUCCAACACCUUCCUGCAUUUUUUUGGCCGGGCCCGGAGCACGCUCCAGAACCGGGUGCUGCUGUGGAAGGAGACAGUCGGAGGCAAGCCGCAGCCGUUACGCGCCGCCCACUCCCCCGGCCUGCUGGGGUCAAGUCUGGGGCCAGCCCUACCCCUCGGGCCGCUGACGCCCACCCGCCUGGACAUGCCCCAGCGGCCGCUCGCGGAGUUCAGCUCCCCGCGCAGCCGGCACGGCUCCGGCUCCUACGGCCCCGGCCCCGAGCCCGCCGCCGAGGCGAGGUCCGCGUCCCAGCUGGAGCCAGACCGCCGGUCGCUGCCCCGGACGCCGUCCGCCUCCUCGCUCUACGCCGGCAGCACCCAGCGCUCGCGCUCCAACUCCUUCGGCGAGCGCCCGGGCGGCGGGGGCGGCGGCGGCGGCGGGGGCGCCCGGAGAGUCCGCGCCCUCGUCUCCCACUCGGAGGGCGCCAACCACACGCUGCUGCGUUUCUCGGCCGGAGACGUCGUGGAGGUGUUAGUGCCAGAGGCCCAGAACGGCUGGCUCUACGGCAAGCUGGAGGGCUCGUCCACGAGCGGCUGGUUCCCCGAGGCCUAUGUGAAGCCUUUGGAGGAGGUGCCUGUGAACCCCACGAACCCCUUGACCCCAGUGACCUCCAUGAACCUGAUGAACCCUAUGAAUGAGCUACCUUCCAGAUCCUACCCCCUCCGGGGCAGCCACAGCCUUGAUGACCUCCUGGGCCGGCCGGGCAACUCUACAGCACUCGAGUACUGGGACGGCCAAUCCCGCUCCCGAACCCCGAGCCGGAUACCGAGCCGCGCCCCCAGCCCUGCACCUCCGCCCUUGCCUAGUAGCCGCCGAAGCAGCGUGGGCAAUGGGGUGGCGAGUGACGUCAAGAAACUUAUGUCCUCGGAACAGCACCCUCCAGAGCUCUUCCCUCGGGGCACAAACCCCUUUGCCACCGUAAAGCUGCGGCCCACAGUCACCAACGACCGCUCAGCGCCCCUCAUCCGCUGAGGCGUCCUCCUCCAUCCGGGGUCUAAGCUCGUCCCCACACCUGCCCAGGGGCUGUCGGGAGCUGGGGGCAGCAGCAAGAAGCGCAGCGGUGGACCCAAGAAGCCGGGGCCCUGGAACUGGGAGUGGCUGCCCCUCCCGGGGGACUGACCUGGGGUCUGGGACCUUCAAAGUAAAGCAGGCAGAAUGGGGGACAGGACAGUCUCUUCCCCUCCAAGGGCCCCAGGACUCUCCCUGGGGGCCUGCCUCGUGCACCCACCCCCUUUCCCCUUCUCUGCCCCAGGAGGGAGGAGCCCCGCACACCCCCUUCCCCACCCCCCCCAUACGUCCUCCUGUUUAACUUUUGUAAACGGGGAGAAAUAAAGCAAG